AUGGGAGGUCUGGAAGGCUGGCAGGAUCAGGCCUUGCACGUGUUGGGCUCGAAGCAGGGGCAUGGAGGCGCUGGACCAAGAGCUGGAGCAAGGGGGGAAUUGGGCCAUCGCGCGACAUGGGCUUGCGCUAGGCAAGCUGGCCACGUGCUCGAUUUGGGGCGGUCUGGCGCAUCACCUGGGCCUCGCAUGCGAGCAGCCUCGCUGGGCGCUCGAGCUGGGCUGGAACUCGCGCUGGGCUGGAGACGCGAGUUGGGCUGCGCGCGCUGGGCAGUUCAUGCGGGCUGCUUCCUUUUUUUUUUUUUUUUUUCUGCUGCUGUUUUUUCUUUUCUGAUUUUUUUUUGUUCACGAGCUAGGAAUUUUAACCUGCAAUUUCCUUUGUUAUUCUUUGCAGCUACUCAACGACCAUGUCUUCUGAAAGAAGGAGCCGAUCACCAAGCUCGCAAGUACCCUUGUACCUAUGGGGUGGCUCUCAAGUUCCCAAAGAGAAGUUUGUGGGCCAAUCUGCACCGUGUCACCACCGAGGCCCAGUUCAAAACAUGGCGUGCCCUUUUCAAUUUCGCCAUUCCCAAGGACGUACAUGUCAAGUUAGCAGAGCCCUCAUCCGACAGCGUACCACGGGUGGAUUCGAACAAUCCAGGUGCCAGGAUCAUCACGUUCCGCCCCUUCUAUUUCUCGCUAGGCUUCACGUUUCCGAUGUCGAAAUUUUUCAGGGAUGUGCUUUGCGCCAUGGAGUGUGCCCCGAGCCAGUGUACUCCAAACGUUUAUCGAGCGGUCAUCUGCUUUGAAAAUUUGAGUCACUUCUUCAAGCUAGAUUUGACAGUGCAGGAAUUCUUCUAUUUCUUCGAGGUGAGACGCUUCGAGAAGUAUGCCCAACUUCGUGCGCGCAAACCCAAGUUGUUUGAUAGUUUAAGUCAAGGCGAUCAUGUGUGGAGCAAGGAUGUGCUGGAGGUCAGUGGCAGAUGGGAAGGGGAGGUUGGCGACGGUCCGCUCGUUCCUCUCACCUACUGUGACGAUGAUGCCAUCCGAAAGAAGCUCGUCCUCGACCCAGACAUGAUGAAGGUUCGGCAGGCUUUGAGCAUCCCUGCCAAGUUUCGUGAAUGGCGCUGGCUGUUGAGCGAACAUCGGAAGAAAGUCGGUGGCCUGCCCCCUGCUGAAGAUAUUGAAAGAUGGAAGUUGCACUGCCUGAAGCUAAGUGACUUGCCAGUUGAGCAGGAUGAGUCAUCGACCGAGUCCCCCGAGGAUAGAAAGGCGUGCAGUGGACCUGCCCGUGACGGAGCUGCAGUUUCUCGAUCAAUGGAUACGUCCCUGCAGCGGGGGCAGCCGAGAUCUUCUCUUGCCGCGAACAAGUCUUCCUCACAGGAGGCCUCGUCUGCCGGGAUCAAACGCCUCGUCAGCGCGAACAGCAGGAAGGCCAACGGCAUGCAGGAAGUUCGGGAUAUGUUGUUCAAGUCGCCAACCGUAUUGCCCAAAACUUGUGAUCUGCCUUGUAAGGAGGCCGUUGAGAAGCAAGGUUCGGGGCGUCUGCGCCGGUCUGGGGACCAAACUGAGAGGACUGUACCUCUGCCCAGCCACCAUGACUCGUCUGCAGGACCACGAACAAUCAAGCGCGGAGCUGACUCGAUGUUGCAAGCUGCAAGCAAGAAAGCUAAAGAGUCGUCUGCUCGAGCAAAGAGUCCUCCAGUCGCGCGAACUGCUGGUUUGGGGAUUGGUGAUAACUCUGUUGGGGGUGAGCCUGUGUCUGAUCUGCUGAAAACGGGCUUUCUAUCAAGUCCAUCUGCUUGUGCUAAGCUAGCUGACCAUAACUCGCAUGAUGUUGCCCCCUCUUCUGCCCUGCUUGACGAGCUGGUGAAGAAGAAUGCUGACCUGACUGACAAGCUCUCGAACGAGCGGAUUCGCCAUGACGCGAGGAUUUCCGAGAUGAAGGAGAGUAUGUCCGCACUUAAGAGUUCUGUUGGCCAAAAAGAUGACGAAGUCAAGUCUCUUAUGGCUACCCUGCUCGAACGCAAGGAAGCCUACUUUAGCCUCGAACGCAAGCAUGCUGCUCUGGCCCAGAUCGUGAUAGGCUGCUGGUCAAGUUUGACAACCAUGUGGAAGCCACGGAGGUGUCCAAACAUGAGAUUGCUGCUAAUGCGUACAAGCUGGGAUACCUGGACUGCCAGAACGAUCAAUGUUGUGGAUGCAGAGGCAGUUGAAGAGCAGGUAGCAGAUGAAGCCGCAACGGAGGAAGACAAGCCCCAAGGCGGGUCAGCUGAGGUGGGUAAGGAACAAGCGGCCAAGGCAGUUGAGUAG